UGGCGCAAUCGACACACUCUAAUUGACGAUCCGCCGGAUUCCACUAUCACCCUCCAGUUGACCAUCACCAGUACAUACACAUCCACACUUUCUCCUCCUCCUCCUCCUUAUAAUAAUCCUCCUACAUAAUCUUCACCUAUCUAGUUCCUCUCUCUCUCUCCUUCUUAAUGCCACCCUCAACCUCCGCCAAUCGUUCACCCAGCAGUCGAAAACGUCAUGAGAGUGUCAGCGCUCAGAGGGAAUCAGCCUCAACCAAAUCGAUUGGCGAAUUCGAAAUCGUAAAGACACUCGGCCAUGGCAGCUUCGGCAAAGUCAAACUUGCCAAGCAUAAACUCACUCGAUUAAAUGUCGCCAUGAAAUUUUUAUCCAAGAAGAAGAUCCUCACCCAAGAGAUGAGGGAUCGGGUCAAGAGAGAGAUCGAAUAUCUCAGCUUCCUCAGGCACCCUCAUAUCAUCAAGCUAUACGAUGUCAUUCAAGAUAAUACGGAUAUCGUCAUGGUCAUAGAGUACCUCAAGGGAGAACUGUUUGACUAUAUCGUUCAUGUCGGUAAAAUGCCAGAGCACGAUGCCAGGCGAUUCUUUCAACAAAUCAUCUGUGCCGUCGAAUAUUGUCAUCUCCACAACAUCGUUCAUCGUGACCUGAAGCCUGAAAAUUUACUACUGGAUCAUAAUCUCAACGUCAAGAUUGCCGACUUUGGUCUCUCAAACAUCAUGCGCGAUGGCGAUUUCCUCAAGACGAGCUGUGGUAGUCCAAACUAUGCCGCACCUGAAGUGAUCAGUGGCAAGUUAUACGCCGGUCCUGAGAUCGACAUCUGGUCCUGUGGUGUUAUCUUAUUCGUCAUGCUAUGUGGAAGAUUACCGUUUGAUGAUGAUCAUAUCCCGAUGUUGUUCAAAAAAAUUAACAGCGGACUUUACUCACUCCCCCCUCAUCUCUCAUCUGGAUCAAGACAUCUACUCAGUCGGAUGUUGGUGGUGGAUGUCAACAAACGCAUCACGAUCCCCGAAAUUCGUGAACUUGAUUGGUUCAAACAGGAUCUCCCAGAAUAUCUCAAACAAGUUAGUCGACCGAUCGCCGUCAAUCUUGAUGAAUCCCGCAAAAGCAGUAUCUCCGACGCUCCGGACCCUUCUCACCAAGUUCAACACGAACCUGAAGAUACAACCCCGACUGAUUCAAACGAGAUUCAUGCACCUGGCCUCGGAAUUCUCGAUCCCAGGGUGAUCAACGAUCUCUGUAACUUGAUUGGAGAUAGGAUCACCGCAGAGGAUAUCUAUAACGUAUUGGUCAAUGAUCUCGACAAGAACAUCAAGAUCUCCUACCAACUUGCUCGAGAUUAUAGAAGGAUGAAAGAAGGCACCGCGUUCAUGGACGACUCGCACACUUCUGGGCACUCAGCAGAGGCACCCUUGGGCCGGUCAAGCUCACUCAGAAGCCGCGGACUCUGUACAUCUCUCAACGCCCCUCAAUCACAAAGUAGUACGACCGCUGAAUACCCUUUGAAUGCUUCAUUGGAUACGCCUGAGGAUACUGGGCCUUCCCACAUCCGAAUCCUUCCUCAUACGCUACCGCCGACGGUGACCCCUGGGCAAGCUGACGGCCUUUCCCGCUUAAAGCAAAGUCUAAUGAACACCCAGUCAUCACCACUCAACAGCCUCAACAAACCCUUCACACCCGCCGAGCCCAGACGGCCAACCGAUCGAGUCGCAGAAAGCUCACAGCGCACGUUGACUGGCAGCGGGAGGAUCAAGAAGGCGCCCAAGACAAAAUGGCACUUCGGUAUUCGAUCCAAAUCACCACCCAUGACAGUCAUGUUGGAGAUCUAUCGAACCUUGCAGACUCUGGGAUUCGAAUUCAAACGGAAGGAUCUCCACUCUAGCACUCUGGAAGAAGCUCCUGAAGAAGCUCCGGCAGAAACUGAAAGUGAGAAGAGGAGAAGACGAAGGAAAGCCGAGGAAGAAAAAGUCAAACAAGCUCAAGACCUUUAUUUCAUUGAGACUCGAUGCAGAUUGGACAAUGUGGUAGUUAGAAUGGACUUGCAAUUAUACCAAAUCGAAGUGAACAACUAUCUGGUAGAUUUCCGGAAUCUAGGCUACAAGCCGAUCCAGCCAACCGGCCAACCAACGACGACGACGCGCGAGGAAGCGGCGGCCAAUCGGCGACGGGCUGCUAGCAUGGGCGGCGGCGCGUCCAGUUCGCCGUUCCUCUUCCUGGAGUGCGCUUGUAGGCUGAUCGUCGAAUUGGCCGUCGGGCCUUCGGAGUCUUGAAUCAAUAACCCCCUCUCCGCUCGUUCUCUACGUCUCUCUCUCUCCCUCCCUGCAUGGACUUUUCUUCCUGUUGCUCAAGUGUACGACUAUUCUGCAUGGGUUUUCCUUUUUGAUUUCCUUUUUUUUCCCUUACACUCUCUAUCUCUCUGUGUCUGUGAUCGUUGAGCAUAUAUAUGUGUACCAUAUUUUGAUUAUUUAAAUCUUUAAAUUUUGCAUUUUUUUUCCUUUUUCUUAUUUUUUUUGUAUUCCUCGUUAUCUCUCUCUCUCUCUCUCUUCUCUUUUUGGGUCCCUUCUCAGUCAAUCCUGUCUUGCUCAACCAUGUCCAAAAAUUCCACAAACUCAGAGCUGUUGACGUUUUACGAAGAACAUGUCGUAGUAGUAGGUAGUAGUAGUAGUAGGUAGUAGUAGUCGUAGU